GUUCAAAGCUUACCUAUGUCUUCGGAUCCCUAUAUAAACCCUAUCGCCAUUCCUCGCAUCUUCGUACUCCUUCCGAACGAGUUCUUCGAAGAUCUCUUCUGUAAGACUUGAGCUCUUCCAUUUCUUCUUCUUUGUCAGAAAAAAGGGAGAGAAAGAGACUAGAGAUGGACACCUUCCUAUUCACCUCAGAAUCUGUCAACGAGGGCCACCCAGACAAGCUCUGCGACCAGGUUUCUGAUGCCAUCCUUGAUGCCUGCCUAGAACAAGAUCCUGAGAGCAAGGUUGCCUGUGAGACAUGCACCAAGACCAACAUGGUCAUGGUCUUCGGUGAGAUCACCACCAAGGCCAAGGUGGACUAUGAGAAGAUUGUCCGAGACACCUGCAGAGGCAUCGGAUUUGUUUCAGCUGAUGUGGGUCUUGAUGCCGACAAAUGCAAUGUUCUUGUCAACAUUGAGUCGCAGAGCCCCGACAUUGCCCAGGGUGUUCACGGUCACCUUACAAAGAAGCCUGAGGAAAUUGGAGCUGGUGACCAAGGUCACAUGUUCGGUUAUGCCACAGAUGAAACCCCUGAGCUGAUGCCCCUUACCCAUGUCCUGGCUACAAAGCUUGGGGCAAAACUCACUGAAGUGAGGAAGAAUGGGACCUGCGCGUGGCUAAGGCCUGAUGGCAAGACCCAAGUGACUGUUGAGUACAAAAAUGAAGGUGGUGCCAUGGUUCCUCUCAGGGUCCACACUGUCCUCAUUUCAACUCAACAUGAUGAGACUGUCACAAACGACCAGAUCGCCAAGGACCUGAAGGAGCAUGUGAUCAAGCCAAUCAUCCCAGCCCAGUAUAUGGAUGAAAACACCAUCUUCCACCUCAACCCAUCUGGUCGUUUCGUCAUUGGUGGACCUCAUGGUGACGCAGGCCUCACUGGCCGCAAGAUCAUCAUCGACACUUAUGGUGGGUGGGGUGCCCAUGGUGGUGGUGCUUUCUCUGGCAAGGACCCAACCAAGGUGGACCGCAGCGGUGCUUACAUAGUCAGGCAGGCCGCCAAAAGUGUUGUGGCCUCUGGGCUUGCUCGACGCUGCAUUGUGCAGGUCUCUUAUGCAAUUGGUGUUCCGGAGCCUUUGUCUGUGUUUGUUGAUACUUACAAGACCGGUACGAUACCGGACAAGGACAUACUUGCUCUGAUCAAGGAGAAUUUCGAUUUCAGGCCAGGGAUGAUUGCCAUUAACCUCGACCUGAAAAGGGGAGGCAACUUCAGGUACCAGAAGACUGCUGCUUAUGGGCAUUUCGGCCGGGAUGAACCAGAUUUCACUUGGGAGACUGUGAAGGUCCUCAAGAAUGCCAAGGCUUGAGAAUCAUAAUCUCCACAUGCGAACUUAAGAAGCAUAUUUGUAUCUGCACAUUGUUCCUGACAACAUACAUGGUAAAGAAGCAUAGCGGAGUGAAAGUUUUGGAUUUGAAACAGUUUCUACAUUUGAAAGAAAAAACAACAAACAAAGCUGGUUUGAAAAAGUGAAAUAAGGAAGAAGAAAAAGUUGGAAACACGUUUGAGUAUUAGAAUUGAUCUUUUUUUUAUUAUAAUUUUUGUGUGUCCUAAGUUUUUGGGUGAAUUAUUCUUCACUCAAAAUACUUGCUCAUUAUUGUAGAAUCCCAAAAAAUUUGAGGAAUUUAUAAAUUACUCAAAUUCAUUGUAUGUGGUAAUUCAUAACUAUAAAAUAGUGGGAAAAUACUUCUAUCA